AUGGCUGGAGGGCCGCUUGGCUCAGAGGACCUGCUAUGUAGCCGGGGCCGUCUGGUUCGGGGCCUGACUUCCGAAGCGCUGAGGACGUGUCGAGGGGGACACCUUCGGGUCCUGCAGCUGAUGCUGAAGCCAUGGUGCAUCUCCAGGGCCGUCUACCAGAUGACGGAGGGCCGUCGAUGUCAAGUACAUCUUCUGGAUGACAGGAAGCUGGAACUCUUAGUACAGCCCAAGCUUUUGGCCAAGGAGCUGCUGGACCUCGUGGCAUCACACUUCAACCUGAAGGAAAAGGAAUACUUCGGAAUAGCCUUCACAGAUGAGACGGGACACUUAAACUGGCUUCAACUAGAUCGAAGAGUAUUGGAACACGACUUCCCCAAAAAGUCGGGACCAGUGGUUUUGUACUUCUGUGUCAGGUUCUACAUAGAAAGCAUCUCGUACCUAAAGGAUAAUGCCACCAUUGAGCUCUUCUUCCUGAAUGCUAAGUCCUGUAUCUACAAGGAGCUGAUCGAUGUUGACAGUGAAGUGGUGUUUGAAUUAGCCUCCUAUAUUUUACAGGAGGCAAAGGGAGAUUUUUCUAGUGAGGACCGAGUCAUUGAGCACUACAAGAAACUGAACGGCCAGACCAGAGGUCAAGCAAUUGUAAACUACAUGAGCAUCGUGGAGUCUCUCCCAACCUACGGGGUUCACUAUUAUGCAGUGAAAGACAAGCAGGGGAUACCGUGGUGGCUGGGACUGAGCUACAAAGGAAUCUUCCAGUAUGACUACCACGAUAAAGUGAAGCCGAGGAAGAUCUUCCAAUGGAGGCAGUUGGAAAACCUGUAUUUCAGAGAAAAGAAGUUUUCCGUGGAAGUUCAUGACCCCCGCAGGGCUUCAGUGACCAGGAGGACGUUUGGACACAGUGGCAUCGCGGUACAUACAUGGUACGCAUGUCCAGCAUUGAUCAAGUCCAUCUGGGCUAUGGCCAUUAGCCAGCACCAGUUCUAUCUGGACAGAAAGCAGAGUAAGUCUAAAAUCCAUGCCGCGCGCAGCCUGAGCGAGAUCGCCAUCGACCUGACCGAGACCGGCACGCUGAAGACCUCCAAGCUGGCCAACAUGGGGAGCAAAGGGAAGAUCAUCAGCGGCAGCAGCGGGAGCCUCCUGUCAUCAGGUUCUCAGGAAUCCGAUAGCUCUCAGUCGGCCAAGAAAGACAUGCUGGCCGCCUUGAAGUCCAGGCAGGAAGCUCUGGAAGAAACUCUCCGCCAGCGGCUGGAGGAACUGAAAAAGCUCUGCCUUCGAGAAGCUGAGUUGACAGGCAAACUGCCCAUUGAGUAUCCCUUGGACCCGGGGGAGGAACCACCCAUCGUUCGCAGAAGAAUCGGGACGGCCUUCAAACUGGAUGAACAGAAAAUCCUGCCCAAAGGAGAGGAGGCCGAGCUGGAACGCCUGGAACGGGAAUUUGCCAUUCAAUCCCAGAUUACAGAGGCCGCCCGCCGCCUCGCCAGUGACCCCAACGUCAGCAAAAAACUGAAGAAACAAAGGAAAACCUCUUAUCUGAACGCACUGAGGAAGCUGCAGGAGAUCGAGAAUGCCAUCAACGAGAACCGCAUCAAGUCUGGGAAGAAACCCACGCAGAGGGCUUCGCUGAUCAUCGCCGAUGGAAAUAUUGCCAGUGAAGACAGCUCCCUCUCAGAUGCCCUUGUGCUAGAGGAUGCCUGGCAUCCUCUGGUUUGCAGCACUCACAAGCGAUUCCCCAGCACGGGCAGCUGUGCAGAAGCAGGCGGGGGCAGUAGCUCCCUCCAGAACAGCCCCAUCCGCAGCCUCCCUCACUGGAACUCCCAGUCCAGCAUGCCGUCCACACCAGACCUGCGGGUCCGGAGUCCCCACUAUGUUCAUUCCACGAGCAUCUCUGGAAAGAAGCUCCUUCACUGGACCUGUCUGACCCCCCCUUUUCUGCAUCACCCCUCCGCAGCUGCCUUACCUCAAAGCCAGAGAAGCUCAACGCCGUCGAGUGAAAUUGGAGUGACGCCCCCAAGCAGUCCCCACCACAUCCUAACCUGGCAGACUGGGAGCUACGCUGAUAGCUGUUUCCUGGAUUCCUCCCUCUAUCCAGAACUAGCCGACGUCCAGUGGUACGGGCAGGAAAAAGCCAAGCCCGGGACCCUCGUGUGA